UUAACAUCACACAAAUAAAUGACACCUGACAGCUGAUUAUGUCAUCUAAACAUAUCUGCCUUUGCGGAAAAAAUCAUGGAAAAGAGCCUAUCGUAAUAACCGUAACGUGUGGAAAAACCUACAUAACAGGCAUAAAUUCAGGAGAAAAUGGUAGUCCCAUAAGUGAAUGCGACAAAACCCAUCCGGAGACACCAGAAACGACAAAAGGUAACGAAGAGUCAAAUUAUAAACCUGUAGACAAUUCAGCAAAAGAACUUAAACACGUUGAACACAAAGAUGACGCUACAAAUCAAAAUCAACAUCUAGUUGACGAGGAAUUCAGUGACAAAAACAAUAAAACUGAAGAAACAAAGAACUUUGAUGACCAUUUAGAAAAUACAAAUUUAACAUCUCCCGAAGUCAACGAUACACACGCAAUGGACAGUAAUGAUACAGACGAAAUCAAGUCUAAUAAAUCUAGUAAAUCUAAUGAAUCUAAUAAAUCUAAUAGAUCCAAUAGAUCUAAUACAUCUAAUAAGUCUAAUAACGCGUCAAUACACUCUACUGAUGUAGAUAAUAAAGAUUCAGAAUUUCUUGAUGCCGAUGGAAAUGAUUUAGAACAGAAUGACAUAAAUAAAGUUCAAGAAGAACCAGUAAGUGACGAAUUAAAUAACGCCGAAAGUGAUACCGAAAAUAAGGAUGGCCAAAAUCAAACUGUAAUGCAUAUGACAAACAUAGCGAUAAACACAAAACCUUUUUUUGAUAGUAUAUUUUUAACAAAAGAUAAAUAUCCAAAGUCUACUGAAAACGAAUGUGAGGCAUGUAUGGUAGAUAUACUGGUUCUGGGCAAACACGUAAAAGGCUGCAAAUAUUGUUUGCCACGACCAAAAUUAGAUUGUUCAUUUAACGAUGGGAAUGCAACUUUUAAAACAAUUGGAACAAUAUCGUUUCCUACAAAUUGCAGCGACAUUGCACCUGAUCCAACUAAUGCUCGCCUCAGUUGCAUCUUUAACGGUCCAGAAUCUAAAUAUACAGAGCUAGACAAUUAUUACUGGACUUUGUUUAGAAAGCUAGAAGGACAUAUUAAAACAGAUAUACUGCUAGACAAAUUGAACAAGAAUAAUAAUGGAUUAUAUGAAGAAUAUAAACAGAAUAAAAAUAUAUUAGAAAAUAACAGCAAUCAAGAUCGCAUGGAACAGUUAGAAGAAAAUAGCCCACACUGUAGUUUUGCUGUAGAUUCUCCUAUGCAAGUCCAAACUGUAAAAAUGACUACCUCUCGUUCAGUACAAAUUGUACCUAUUGGCUCUAAAACCAAAACUAGAUGGUAUAAUUUAUUAUUGGCUUGCUUUGGAACAAAGAAUGAUAAUGAAUCUACAUAUCAUAAGAUUGAAGACAAAUAUUCAACACUAUCGACUUGUGAAUUAUCUAAAUAUUUAAAAAUAUAAAUAAAUAUACAUAAUCACGGUA